GACGAGAGUGUCGAUCGGCGGACGAUAUACACUGUUGUGUUUGUAUUCUCGUUGCUGUGGAUAGGUGUCUUACCUGAUAAUCUUUACACGCGCUACCUUCUUAGUAGGAAGUGAUGGAAGUAAUCUGUAUUAAAACAGGACAAUGGUUGUCUCUGCUGUCACCUAACUGAAAGGAGAAGAGUCUUCUUCAUCACAUUCCGCAUUGACUAUAUGUGAGAGUCUUUAGCUCGCAAAGAAAUUAAGUUUGGAGCUGUAAUUCACUGGCUAUGGCAUCUGGCAUCAGGGAGGCUACCCUGGUAGAAGAUGAAGAACUAAAGGCUGAUGGGAAGAAACGAAAGUUCAAGCCACUGCAGGCUAUGCGCAAACUGUUUAGCAAAGGGAGGCGCAAGGCCAAGGACGAUGCUUCUCCUGUCAGUGUGGUGGCUAUCAAGGCCAGGUCCACCAAUACACUACAGGAGGAUGACGAUGAUGAUGGAGGAUUCAGGAAUAGACAAUCCCAAUCACGGCUGCUUGGUGGUACACGCAGCAUAUCUGAGGACAGUGUCUUCUCACCAGAAAGGGAAACAACUAAUCUCCAGACUCUCAAACAAAGGGCUGUUUCAGAAGAGAGUGUCCCAAGAACAGCUUUACAGGCAGAACUUUACACCAAAAUCAGCGAGAGACGGUCACAAUAUUCUGACGAAGACGACGGGCUGCCUCACAGCCCCACACCUCCUUCUGUCACCACGGCGGACAUUAUCAUGUGCGGGUCUUUAAAGCCCUUGCCAGCAGGAGGCAAGUCUAUAAGUCGUGAAAGUGACAAGAGCCUUAUUAGUACAGAUGGCUCAGAGACUGAGGAUGAUCUUUUCAAGAGUCCAUUGAAGUCAGCAGAAGCAUUGAACUUGUCAUGGAAAGAAAAGCCCUUAGAAUCUGAGAUGACCAUAGAUUUUGACAAGCUUGGUAGCACUGAAUUGCUGAAGAGCAAACAUGCAAAGGACAAAAUUAGUGUUAAACCUCGAAAAGGCAAAACCACACGUCAGUCACGAAAGAAACAAAAUCAGUUAUUUUAUUCUUUGCCUUCACUCAAUGAGGAGUCACCAGAUAAAGGACAUAGCCAAGAUGAAAGCCAUGGUUCUUCUCCAGAUCUGACCUCUGAGACUGUAGAUGAUGUCUUUGAGUCCAAGCCCUCCCAUGUCUCACCAGUUGACAAAGCUAAUGAGUCUGAGAAACUGCAAAAGGAAGAGAGAACCAUUUCAUCACCUCAGAAACCAUCUAGAAGGCCAAAGUCAGUGUCAUCUGCCUCCUUGCCAUCAGAACAUUUGUCAAAACCUGAGGUCUUGAGAUCAAGUCUGAAGAGACUGGAAGCUGCAGGAAUCUCAGAAGCAGCAACAAAAAAUGGAGUUGAAAUAACUAAAGAAAAUGAUAAGCGAGGAUCUUCUGGAGAAAGGAGGGAGGACCAAGAGGAAAUUGAGGCUGGUGGCAUUGGUGCUAGCCUCACAUUACCCCCCUCCCCUUUGACCAGUGAUUCUGGUGAAAAGAAAAGCUCAUCUCCCUUUGUUUCAUCAGUUUUGACAUCUUCAUACUCAUCGCCUUCUUCCUCCAUUACCAAAAUGAAGAGUUCUGAAAUGACAACCUCACAUGGACGGUGCUCUGUUACUACUGAUUUUGCCGAGAAUCUGUCAUUUUCAGAUCAGCCGUUGAGAUCCAGUUCACUCAAGUCGGGAACAUGCACACGUCUAAAGAAGGAUGAGGUUUCAGGCCUUUCCUCUGCAAUCUCUUUGAUACCUUCCACCUCUGAUGUGUCACCAUGUGUUUCUUCACCAGCAGAGGCAAAGAAAGAAAGUCCAAGCCUUAAAGUCUCUCCUACCCUUUCCUUGUCACCAAAGGAAGACUACAAGAUGAAGCGCCAAGUUCGCAGUAAGACCCUUCCUCAGCCAGUCAGUAAGGAGGAGCAGUUUUCAUUUAGAGUCCAGCGAGCUGCAUCUCACAGAGAGGAGGUCACAGUAGCAUCGCAAGCUGCAUCACCAGAGGUGUUGCCAAAGCACCAUUUUCUAAAACCUGUGAGGUCAGACUCGCAAUCAGCUCUGUUGAAAGAAAGAGUGGUGGAGUCUGCCAGUACAAAUAAGCCAGAGUGGAUAACUUUAGCCAAAAAAAGGAUGGAUGAAAAGAGAGAAGAGCAGACAUCAAGUGCUGUAGAGGUCAAAGAUCCAACAUCUAGCAAACAAAAGAUAGAAGAUGAGACAGGUUCCCCUGGGUCAAAAGUUCAGCCUAUGUCAGAUCCUGCCAUGUCAGCUAUGAGCAGCACAGGUAGUGUGUCUUCUAUCGCUUCAAGGAUGGAGAAGAUGCCAGGUCCCACUCAGGUACCAUCCCGCGAUUUAAGUCAAAAGGCAUCUGUAGCUAUUAGUGCUGCAGCACUGUCAUCACGUGGUACAAGUAUCAAGACUGUAGCAGGCAAGCCUGAAUCUAGUGUCACCACUACAUCCGAACUCUCUCCUUCCAUUUCUGUAGGACGUUCCUUUUUCGCAGCAUCUGGACGACCUGCUUCCAUUGCAAAACAGAAAGGGAAAGGAGAGGAGAAAAAGGAAGUAAAGGAAGAGGCCAAAGAAUCGACAGCUUCCAAAGACAGUCUAAAAUUGAAGGCUCAGACCACAAACUCCUUAUCAUCAACCAGUGUUACGCCACCUGCAUGGUCUUCAGUGGUAGGAUUUUCUGGCAACAGAUCUCAACAAUCCUCCAUGCAAUCUGUAGCAUCAGCCAGCACAACCACUGCCAGACCAGAAGCAAAGGCAUCUCCAGCCAAGAGCUCCUUUCUAACCAAGUCUAGCAAUUUAGAAUCUAAAGAAGAACAUGCAGAAUUAAAGCAGGACAUUCCAGCUUGGCGGGCCAACUUGGGCCAGCGUAAAAAGGAUGUUGGGGCCACGUCAGAUAUCAAGAUUGAGCUGAUAGAGAUCUCCAGCAAUACUAGAGAGUAGGUGGGGGAGAGGCAGUCAAAAGAAUGAAGAGACUCCAAAAGAACAAGGAUCGUCCACCAAGAUGUCGGCAGCAAACAAGGAGCAUCAGGUGGACCCUUGUAGGGGCUCGGUAGCCGGUCGACCCUCCAAGGUGCUAGAUAUGGUCAAGAACUUUCAGAAUUUGCAAGUCAGCUAGAACAGCUGUACAUAAUGUGAACUUUCAAAUCAGCAAAUUUGGUUGGAAAUGCUGUAUUUGUUGAUCUACUGCUUUAGUAGCUACGCAUGAAAAAUCAUGCAGCAAGUCAACAGACAGCUGCAUGAAACACAUGACCAUUGGGUGUUUUCUUAGAAGUUAAACAAGAUGUGGGGUGUCUUUUCCUUGGAAACUUCGAAGAUGACUAGUACAUUCAACUGUGUUUUUACUUGAUGGACCCCUUCCCCCCUUUGUACUUGAGAUAUCCGCUAUAAUAUUGAGACCUUCUUAGGAUAGUGAACCCAAACAUUGUGUUUCUUCAUACUUUUCUUCUUCAUUUUUUGUCUACCAGGGGAUAAUGAAGAGUGUUCAGACUGGCAAAGGCCAAAUGCAAACCAGGGUAGACUGUAAUGUGUUCUGGUAUAUGCUGACAGUGUUCUUGGCACCUUGGCUACAUCAAACUUCACCCAUAAAACUCUUUCUUAAACAACGGACUGUAAUAUGUCAUAGGUCAUUUGUGUUCUGACAACUGUUCUUUCACUUCCCCACCCUUAAACCACAUCCUGUCAGUCUCUUUUUUUUACCCACUGCAACAGUUUGUCAGAUGCUGAGAUGACUUAUAUAUUGCAAUACCUGCAUUAGAAAUUACAUGAUGCCAGGAGAUUUUAACAAGACUAAUUUUUCAUUAUAGUCCUUUUCCUCAAUAUGCAACAUAAACCAGAACUUAUUUUUGUGUCAGUUGUGCUCAUUCCAGCUGGGGGAAGGAGGGGAGAAUGUUACAUAUCAUCACUUGUGACAGUGUUAUUGUGAUGUGUUGAUCACAAGACUUGUCACAUUAAUAAUAACAUGUACAUGCAUUAUGGUGUUGUGAGAGAUGGGGAACAGUGGACUGUUUUUACUACACUCAUCUUGUCCAGCCUCUGUACAUAACAUAAAUUUUGUUUAUCUGUAUGUAUUUGUACAUAAUCGUAAGAAAUACCUUUGGACUGGAUUUGUCCUGAAUGUGCAGGGUUGGUGUAGAGCUGUGAGGAACAUUUGUUAUUUUGCCAGUGUCUGAUUUUACUACUCACAUUAUUAGUUUGUCUUCAGCGGGUACAAAGAAAAUAUUUCUGAAAAGUUUUGAAGGGCUGCAAAAGUUUUUUUUUGUGACUUUGAGUGCAAAAUGCUUGACAUCUCCUGAAAUAAAGAGCAUCGCAGCUUCCUAAAUUGUAGAAUGUCUUGCCUUCAAUAGAGGGGAGACUAUCUUGCCAUCCACAAAGCCAAAAUAUUUUAUGCGUCAAGCAAUAGUGUUAGUAUUUUUGUGUAGAUAAUGCAAUAUUACUUUGUAAAGUUCAUGAGCAGAACAUUGAAGCAAAUUUACUUUCAGCAUAAUUCGCUUGUUUUGUUUGAUAAAAACAUUGUUUCACCAAAAUUUUGACAAAAGAAUCAAUAUAGUCGGUGCCACAAGGGAGACACAGUCAAUCGAUUUUAAGUUUUCCCAGUGCCUUGCAUCAGCAGAAGACAUAAACAGAAGACUUUGACUGAGGCUUAUAGCAUUAAUUCUGAUGACAGGGAUUGGGUUCGGUGGUGCUGAAAUCUGAUGUGGCUUCAAAAGGCAAACACCCUCCUAUUAGGCCAAGAAUUCAUUUCCUUCAGAGAAUUAGUGUCAAAGAUGUACAUGACCUACAAGCUUUCUUGCUGUUUCACCUUCCACUUGUACACAUGCUUGAGUUCCAAAAGUCCACCCUGGCAAGUAAGCUGCCAAUCUUCUAAGUAGGGUCGGCAACACACUGGCAUCCCGGAUUUGAAGAUCGUGUCAUGAAAUUUUGAACAAGAGCACAGUGAUGAGAAGUUGAGGAAAAUCGAAAAUACUGGUAUAACAAAUGAUAAAGUCACAAACAGUAACAGAGUUUCGGUGCGGCAGCUGCCGGGCUAAAGUUCUGUCGUGCAUACACCCUGAUUUCUGAAAAGUAGAAUACAACGAAGCCACAUAAACCUUCCACUAUGACUUUCCACAGUUCAAGGCUAUGUUGGAUGUAUGGAGAAGCUGACAGGACAUCACAUCUGAUGCCCUUUGAGAAAUCAUCCACCAUUUUCUCUGUACAUUCUGUCACUGCGAUCAAAGAGGAUCAACGAGGCGAUGUGCAUCUUGCAUUCUUCUUGUAAACGCCUUUUCUCGUUAUGAUCAUUUCUCACUUUACUUCUUUCACCAUCUUAUUUUAUAUAUAUAAUACCUGGUUUUGUCUAUUGGAAAAAUCUACUAAAAUCCUCUCGAAAAGAUUUUCUGCAAAUUAUGACACAUGCCUCUAUUUUGGGGUGAACUGAUUAUUUGUUUUAUGUUAGAAUAAUUUCAUUUUAAUAAUGUCCUCUGACCAGCCUGCAAAGUUCUUCCUCCGCACCUUGCUCUCUGUGCAAAAUGAAUCCUGAAUUUCGACACCUGUAUGUUCCAGGAUAUCUUCAAAAUAGUAUCCAUAAUCUGUAAAUAAAUUCUGCUGGCCACGUUAAUAUUGCGGCUUUAUGGCAGAAAAUUAUGAAUUCCUGCUCGUCUCACUUAUUUGGCCAUUUUUUCAUAUUGCCUGCUGAAUAAAGUAACCAUUAUAAA